UCGGCCAAAAUCUACAUUUGGGGGUGCAAACAUCCACGAUAAAGAGAUAUUUAUUGAGGGUUUAUCAGAACCAACUUCUCAGAAAGAGGCUUUUUCUUCUCUCUCUGGAGCUCCAAUGGCUUUGUUUCAACAAAUGUAUUCUGCUCCAUCAAUAGCAGUAAGAGUCGUUCGUUCUCGUUCAAUUUCCAUGGCUGCUACUUCUACAGCUCGGAAAACUGUCUCUGCCAUAUCUACUACUACACCCGUGAGAACUCCUCAUAUUGAUUCUCAUGUUCUUCUUGGCAUGUCUGAACUUGACCUUCAACAACUAGCUACAGACUUGGGUCAGCAAAAGUACAGGGGGAAACAACUACAUCAGCUUAUAUACAAGUCCAAAGUUAAAGAAAUUCAGGAUUUUAAUCAUUUACCUCUGGCAUUUAGGAAUGAUCUUCAAGAGGCUGGAUGGAAAGUUGGGAGAUCACCGCUUCAUCAGGUUGUCAAGGCUGCUGAUGGCACAGUUAAGGUACUGAUUAAGCUGCAUGAUAAUAGGCUGAUUGAAACUGUUGGUAUACCGGUUGAAGAUGCUAAAGGUACCAUCCGCCUUACUGCUUGCGUCUCAUCUCAGGUAGGAUGUCCAUUGCGUUGUGCAUUUUGUGCUACUGGCAAAGGAGGGUAUUUGAGGAACCUUCAGAGGCAUGAAAUUGUUGAGCAGGUGUUAGCCAUAGAAGAUUUAUUCAAGAAUAGAGUUUCCAAUGUUGUGUUUAUGGGAAUGGGUGAACCUAUGUUGAACUUAAAGGCGGUUUUAGAAGCACACCGUUCCUUAAAUAAGGAUAUACAAAUUGGCCAACGAAUGAUUACAAUUUCAACCGUGGGAGUGCCAAACACUAUUAAAAAGUUGGCAUCUCACAAACUCCAAUCCACCUUGGCUGUCAGCCUACAUGCCCCAAAUCAAAGACUUCGAGAAACAAUUGUGCCUAGUGCAAAAGCCUAUCCUCUGGAUGCACUUAUGAAGGAUUGCAAGGACUAUUUUGAUGAAACUAGUCGCAGAGUAUCAUUCGAAUAUACGCUUCUUGCUGGAGUCAACGACGCGGUAGAACAUGCGGUAGAACUUGCAGAACUACUCCGUGCUUGGGGAAGUGGUUACCACGUCAAUUUGAUACCUUUUAAUCCAAUAGAAGAUACCGAGUUUCGCCGUCCAUACAAGAAAACAAUACUUGCAUUUGCAGCAGCGCUAGAAUCCCGUAAAGUAACAACAAGCAUAAGGCAGACUCGAGGCCUUGAUGCCAAUGCAGCUUGUGGGCAGCUCAGAAAUUCAUUCCAGAAAAGUCCUCUCAUUGCAGCAGCCGACAUGCCUAUCAUUGAGCCUGACAUGGUCGCCGCCGUUGGUUGAUGACUCAUAUGUUCUGCGAUGUUUUAGUGUCUUCGGUACCUCCCCUCUCAGUCCUUUUCACAUUCCAAGUCAAAUGCAUGCUGCCACCAGCAUCCCCCAAUCAGGUGCUUUCCAGUGCCCACAUUAAUUUGUACUCGAAUCCUACAGCAGGCAAUUUCCAGAAGUGCAAGUGUCCUUUUUGUUAUGAUGCGUAUCUUUGGGAGUUGGGAUCAUAUCAGAUCAAAAGGUGUGGGGCUAGUUUGUAAAUUUUGUUGGUUAAGCAGCAAGUAGGAUUUUUAUGUUACAAAAUUUUGAUGAGAAGAUCUAAUUUUCAAUGAGAAUUCUUAUUAGCUAUUUUAGAUGUUUUACAUUUG